AUGACAGAAGACUGCUGGUCGGCUGACACAUCGGGAUGCAACCCAACGACGAAAAGAUGGCUCGCGCUUGCUGGGCAGAGAGCGCUGUCACGUGUUGCCGAACGCACGCAAGAGGACCUGGUACAAUCAGAGCAGCCUGACCUUCAGAAUCUGCGAUGGACAGCUCCAAUCCUGCGGAAAGAGCGGAAAGACGACCGACUAAGCCUGCGCUUGGCGAUCAUUGCUAGGGAUAUGGAUGAGUUCUGCCUAGUGACUGAUCUGGCCACAUGCUCUGCAGAUGCGGUCCUAGACGCCGCCUCCGAGUUCCUGCUGGGCUGUGCUGGUAUUGCCAUGACCUCCGACUACGAAAACGGUAUGACUAUCGACAUGCCCGCGGUCAACACCACCCGAGGUCCGCAAGCGAGCGCUGCGAUGUUUGAGUGUGUCGCACUCGUCCUGUGUCAGCUUGCGAGAUAUCAUUCCCGCUGGAUCAGCAGCGACGGUCCUGCACCGGUCGUGUUAUGGAACCAAAUCGUACCCGGUACAGGUGGACCUCGUGUUAGACAGUCUUCAGCUGUGACAAUGAAGUUUCCGCCCGCGUUACACAAAGCUUCGAACACAGGAAAGAGGUUCGCCACCAACCAGGCCCAAGGGGCCCACUGGGACACUCUGAAGGAGAAGACUUUCGAGAUGUUCCUCUGCGGCAUGCCGGAGAACGACUCUCAAUUCGCAGAAAUCCCCAUCCGGGUAGCUCUAUCAGUGAAUGUACUAGCCGGUCAGGGGCGAGAUGAUCCUGCACUUGGCUCUAUCUCCUUCGAAUAUAGCAAUGAGAUGCAGAAGUUUGCUCGACAGGGGCUCAUCGCCAUCACGCGUUAUAUCGACACGUCCUUCCCUGCCGCUACUACAGCAGACACCAUUCUCGAGCCAUACUUGCCAAGCUCUACGCUGAGGCCCAGACCUGCGACCACGAAUUCGAUGCUCCUGCGCCAAUAG